AUGAAUAACAUAAAAGAUGGGCUUGAUGACUUGAAUCUUAAUCUUAAAGAUCCAGAUAAUUAUGUGGACAUUACUGAUCUACUCUUUGCAUCAGUUAAAUCAAUUGAAAAUCACCAAGUUGUGAAGAGUAAAUAUUUUGAUUUGUUAGAAGGUACAAGAGCAGUGGAAACUGAUAAUAUCAGGCUCGAUACUGGGAUGCUACGCUAUGAACUUUCAGAGGAAGAAUUGGCAUUUGAUCCGUCGCUUCCUAUCUCGGUCAAAUCAAUGAUUGCAGUGAUGGACAAACUAUACACUUUAUUGAUGAGUUGGUUGAACAAUUCUUCCCUCCCGGUUACUAUUUUGUCAUGCAGAUAUGUCCAAACUAUUUUACAGAAUUAUACCGCCUCUGUAACCAAAAGCAUAGACAUCUGCUCCCUUUCCGACCCGAGAAUAAGAACCGAGAACAAGGGCGGGAACGAGUUCGAGAAAUUUUUAUCGGAAAAGGUGUUAAAGGCAUUCAUCCUUGGACUAUGUAAGUACGUGGGAUUUGUUUUGGGCGUGGGAACAAGCAUAUUAUACGAAGAAGAGGAUUUAACUACCAGAAAUAUGGACCUAGAUUUCUUAUCGCAGCUUGAUAAGAAAAGUGUACUAGAAGAGAUUAGACUGGCGAUCUUUUUGAUAAAUGAUAAGAAGGAUAGCGCAGGAAAUCUUAUAGAUCUAGAUAAUUUGAUAUAUAGACUCGAAAUACUCCACAAGAUGAACGAGAUAGAAUCAAUCUUGAAAUUGUCAUUUGAAAUCGAACAAACCACUUAUUCAAUCAAGCCUACCAUUGCAUUUCUUGAUGAAUCAGUAUACAUUUUGCAAACACAGAUAAAGUCAUUAUCAAAUUAUAGAUCGUACAUCCCUCCAGGUUCAUUUUCUAAGUUUGUUCAACUUGAUCUUAAUAACAAAUCCAUCACCACGGAAUUAUAUGAAUUAGAUACAACAGAAAGUUUCAAUAACCUUGUAAAUAUGUUUAGCCAAUUAAACGAAUCAUUAUUGAAAUCAUCUGAAAUAUCAAAUUACUAUCAAUUUCAGAAUUUCAUUCAGUAUGAAAUCACAAAUAACAUGAACUCUACAUUCAAUGUUUUCGUGAGAGGGUUAUUCCAGUUGUUUUUGAUCAGAGACAACAAGGCUAUCAUGGGAUCUACUAGAGGAGAGAAUAUUUUGACUGUAACUCAAAAGAUGAUGGAAAACUUGAAUACUAUUGAUUCACAGAUUUUUGAUGUCAAUGGUUGGCCAGAUUUAAAGGAACCUAUUAAGCAAGAUAUCUUGAACAAAUUUGAUCAAUUAUUGAAUGACUUAGAAAGUAUCAGUUAUCAUACUUUAUCCAACAGUACAAACAAUAGAUGUAGACAAAGACAAUUGAUGUCUAGGGGACUUUUGGUUUGGGAUACUUUACAAGUUGCUCUGGAAAACUUUGAACUAGAAGUUUGGGAAAAUUUCAGGAUUGGUGAUGAAUUAGAAGGUAAUAACCAACCCUCUUUACCCAUAUCAUCAUAUAUCUACUACAAUAAGUUGCUGUUGAUGAUUGAUAUCUUGUUUAGAGGAUUUGAGCUAGAUCUUUAUAAAAUCUUUGAAGCCCCCCAGAUUUACUGGUAUAUUUCAUACUUGUCACAAUUAGCAUUAGAAUUGUUGCAAGGAAGGAUAAGGCAUCAGCUUGAGCUGAAGGUACAGUAUUUGACAACCGGGUUAAGUAAAAAGAUCAAGAAAUUAAAGGCCGGGGACAAGAAAGAGAAGAUGAAGAAGCUCCAACAAGAAAAGUUGACCCAUGUCGUACCUAAAAUAAACUUAACCAUCCAAUAUAAUGAAAAUUAUCUCAGUAAGUUAUUUGAGGGUUACUUUAGGAUUACAGAUGCGAUCAAGAUUUACUUUUCACUUUUGCAUUUUGUCAAAGUAAUCGAUUUGCUUAAAGGUCCUCCAAAACUGAAAUAUACCAGCUUGGAAAAUAUAUACAACCUAAGAAUGAAACCAUUUUCAUCUAUUGGGGUACCUAGCUUACCAACUUUCGAACACUACAAAAGUGCAAUUGAAAUUAAUGAGACUAAUGUUACCAAGGAAAAUGUGAGAAAGAUAUAUUCACAUUGUUUAGAUGAGUUCAAUGAAGCGAAGAAUAUAUUCAGAGACUUACUUGAGUUUAUAGAAAACAAGAAAUUGAGUGGAUACUAUUUUUUGGAUGGUUGUUCUGGAAACGAAGAAUGGAUUAAGGCCCUAAAAAAGACCUGCAUUCACUACUUAGUAGAAGUUAAGAAGCUUGGGAAAAUGUUGGACGAAGAUAAUGCAGCAUUAACAACAGCAAACGAUAAGAAGAAGUACGAUCUAGAACUAGAAACUGGUUUCCACAUUUACUUCCCGAAGAUAACCGUGAGAGAAAGGAGCUAA